ACCCGCUUCUAUGACGGCAUAGAAUUCCGUUCCUUUCGCUACUAGCAGCAGUGUCUACGGUGUUUUCGAGUAAUCAAGUUCGGCGAAAAAUGAAACUUACCUUAGCUUGCUCGCUGAUACUGGUCGCAGGUGUCCUCAGUAGCGACUCAGACGCUUCCGGUCGUCUGACCGGGGGUACAGCUACUCUCGUUGGACAAUUUCCUGCAGCGGUUAGCAUUGAUUCACCCUACAACCUGAACUGUGGGGGUACCAUCGUCAAUCUGCAACAUGUUCUGACCGCCGCCUGGUGCGUUAUGCACCCGACGACCUUCGGACUGGUCAAUACCCACUGGCUCCGAAUUAUUGCGGGUGAUCUGAAUCUUGUGCCCGGUUCCUACCGACGUGAAAUUCGCAGCGUUUCACAUGUGUUCGUUCAUCCUAAUUAUGACCGUGAGGCUAACAACAACGAUUUGGCAGUUCUUCGCGUUGACCGUCCGUUUCCCGAAUUCCACAACACUAUUGAGCCGGCGAUUAUGAACAGCCAAGAUCUGGCGUAUCAAACUCCCUGCCAGUACGUUGGCUGGGGAGCUCCGAGCGCAAGCGGCCCCCUGAAUCCGACUCAACGAACGAUAACCGUUCCGAUUAUGGCGAUAGUGGAAUGUAACGUCGCGACAGUGCACAACUUCCGGAUACUGACGACAAUGAUUUGUGCUGGUUCACUCGCUGCUACGCCUAACACUACCUGCCAGGGUAAUAUCGGUGGAGGUAUCUACUGUAAUGGACGACUGACGGGAGUGCUGAUUUUCGGGUUGGCUUGUGGAGCAGCGAAUCAACCUGGUGUUUAUGUGGACAUUCGACAGUACCGGCAGUGGAUUGAGGCGCAGUUUUCCCGUACAGACACUCUUCCGACCGGUUGGGUUCCCCAGCCUUUGUGAAACGUUUGUGUGUGCAUUGAAAAGUGAGGACUUGGUUUUGAAAUAUUCGAAAAUAGAAAGCAGUUAAAGCCUCUAAAUAAUUGAUAUAGAUUGACCGUGAUAGGUCGUAGUUCUCUCUCUCAGCUCGGCUUAAGUAACAAGUUGUGUAAUUCCUAUACAAAUUAAUGCGCUUCAAAAAAAAUAUUCACAAAGAUAUCCUUCGCUUCAUAUUAUGACAAGAGUCAAGCUCAAAUGUUAAUUAGAGAGAUUUUACGUAGUGAUUAUAUCGUCACAUUCUGAUAACUUUUUAAUGCAUGCGCGUGAAUCUAGCCGCCAAAAGUACACCCGCUCGUUUAGCGUAGCGCCAUCUAUAAAUGACUAGUUGAUUUCACUGAUGGUGGAGGAGAAUUCUGGCACCCUAAUAAAUUGAGAGCUGUUGAAUGUUAUUUUUUCAAUGUUUAUAUAUUUUAUCCAAAUAAUUUUAUUGUAACUACGGGCCAAACAAGCUAAGUUACAUCCAUUUUGUACUGAAAUAUUGUUAAAUGAGCUCCGCAUAAAUAACCUUCCCCCUCCUAACACAAACUCUUAUUCCUGAAACAUCUAUGAAAGUAGUAUGGGUUCCCUGCACUUUCGCAAGUAGAUGUUGAACUAACAUUCCUUCCCUUCCUCGACGAUUGUAAGGACGUGGUCAGGUGUACACUGUGACGCUUAUUCCACUAUGAAGAAAAAGCGUUAAUCCC